UACAUGAUAAAUAUGGAAUAUGAAGAGAUAAAAGCAGAAGACAACGUUUCCACAGUGAUUCAAUUUGUACUCCUGGGAUUUUCUGACCUUCCAAAUCUCCAAGGGUUACUAUUUGGAGUGUUCUCAAUCAUGUACUUUAUUAUCUUAUUUGGAAAUUGCCUCAUAAUAAUAAUAACCAGGCUUGACACUGCACAGCAGAAACCUGUGUAUUUUUUCCUUUCAAAUUUUUCCUCAUUGGAAAUGUGUUAUGUGUCUGUCACUCUCCCUAGGAUUCUAGUAAACCUCUGGACUCAGGAUAGAAGCAUCUCUAUCCGAAACUGUGCUGCCCAAAUGUGCUUCCUCCUUAUGCUGGGAGCCACUGAAUGUUUCCUCCUGGCUGUGAUGGCUUACGACCGCUAUGUGGCCAUUUGUAACCCUCUGCGCUAUCCUCUAGUCAUGAACCAAAAGAUGUGUAUCCAACUGGCUAUUGGCUCCUGGAUCAGUGGCAUCCCAAUCCAGAUAGGGCAAACAUGUCAAAUUUUCUCCCUGCAUUUCUGUAAUUCUAACCAAAUUAACCACUUCUUCUGUGACAUACCCCCCAUUCUGAAGCUGGCCUGUGGAGACACUUCCAUACAUGAGAUGUCAGUCUAUGUAGUAGCCAUGUUGUUUGUUGCAGUACCAUUCAUGUUGAUACUUGCCUCUUACAGCAAAAUCAUUUCCACCAUUCUGAGGUUGCCAACAGCCAGAGGACAAGCCAAAGCCUUCUCCACGUGCUCUUCCCACCUGCUGGUUGUGAUUUUAUUCUUUGGAUCUGCUACCAUUACCUACUUAGGACCAAAAUCCAAUCAUUCUGCAGGAACUGACAAACUACUCUCUCUUUUCUACACCAUAGUGACGCCAAUGUUUAAUCCCAUGAUAUACAGCCUAAGGAACAAGGAUGUUAUUGCAGCACUGAGAAAAUUAUUACUUAAAAAGUAG